AUGGUUAGUUCCCUGGACCUCUGUCUGCCAAGAGACUUCUUCUCUAUCCUUCUUCUCCAGGUGUCCAUGUGGGCCUCAGAUUCAUUCUUAGUGAUUGGCCCCUCAGAGCCCAUUGUGGCUAUGCUGGGUGCAGAUACUGUGCUCCCCUGCCGGGUGUCCCCAGCCAUGAAUUUGGAGAACAUGGAGCUGCGGUGGUUCCGCUCCCAAUUCUCAGAGGUGGUGUACAUGUAUCAGAAUGGGAUGGAGCGUGGAGAACAACUAGUAGAUUUUAAAGGAAGAACAGAGUUGUUGAAGGAUUACAUGUCUGAGGGAAGAGUAGCUGUGAGAAUCCGCAAUCUUCAAGUCUCAGACAAUGGACUGUACAAGUGUUUUUUUAAAAAAGGCAGUGAUUUUGAAGAAGCCAUUUUGGAGCUAAAAGUUAUAGGUCUGGGUUCUGGCCCUCAGAUCCUCAUACUGGGUGUUGAAAAUGAUGGAAUAAAGCUGACAUGCACAGGCAAGGGAUGGUUUCCCCAGCCUGAGGUGCAAUGGAAAGAUGCCAAGGGAGAGAAGAUUCUAUCUCUCUCUGAGGAUGAGACCCAAGAUGAUGAUGGAUUGUUCCAGGUAGAGGCAUCUCUCAUUGUGAGAGACAGCUCAAAGGGGACAGUGUCCUGCUCCAUGAAGAACCCCUUCUUCGGACAAGAGCAGGUGGAAACUAUUUCUAUCCCAGAGCCCUUCUUUCCUAGAGACUCUCCUUGGAAGCCAGCUUUUGCUGUGACUUUCUUCAUACUUAUCGUUUGUCUGAUUGCUGCUGUGUUUUUGGCCUGGAAAGAGAAAAAGGCAAAGAAAAUAGCAUUGGAAGCCAUGGAAGAAAAGGAGAAAGAAAGAAAAGACAAAGAAUUACUUGAGAAAGAUCUUGAGAGAAGGAAGAAAUUAUAUCAACAAGACUGGAGAAAAGCAAAAUUAUAUGCUGAUUGGAGAAAGGAACAGUUUGAAGCAGUGGCUGUUUCUCUGGAUCCAGACACAGCUCAUCCCGACCAUCUGUCUGAGAGUGGAAGACAUGUUUCUCCAAAAGAGAAAGUUGCUCAGGACUGCGAUGCCUCGAGGCAACAAGAGCAAGGCAAAUCUGAGAGCAUCCUCAGUGUUUUAGGUCAGAAUUGCUUUACCACAGGGAAAUAUUAUUGGGAGGUAAAAGUAAAUAUAGGGACAGAAGUUGGGCCCACUUCCAGAUGGGCUCUGGGUGUUUGCUCUGAUACUGUGAAGAGAGAUGGGUGGUUUAAGGAAAUCCCAGCAAAGAACUUCUGGCUAGUGGCAUGUGAGGAAGGGAAAAUUGUGGCUCUCGACACCAAUUCAAAGCUUCUGCCACUGAGGGAGUUCCCCCACAGGAUAGGAGUUUUUCUGGACUGGGAAGCUGGGGAUGUGUCUUUUUACAACAUGGUUGAUGGGUCCCAUAUCUACUCCUUUGCUAGAAUCAUCUUCUGUGGGGCCCUACGCCCUUAUUUUAGCCUUCAGGGUGCUGGCAAGUCUGUGACCAUCUGCUUAGCUUCAGAUCACACUGAAAAUUGUCCAGAUUGUUCUCAAAAGUCCUCCGUAACUCGUCUAAUGAGUCAUGAUACAGACAUCCCCCAGGAAAGCAAGCCCCUGUUAUCCUUCAAAGGAAGUGAGGUGUAG